UCUCCCCUACGCCGUCAUACAAAUGUCGUGAAAAGCAAGAAACACCACAAAAUAAAUUUAAAAGAAAUACAAAAAGCCGAAGAAAAAAAUUAAAAAAAAAAAAACUCCUGCAAAUUUUAAUCUCCACAUUUUUGGCAACUUCAUUGAUCAGACGGCGGUAAUUGUUCCGAUCAAGAUGAUGAUGACACGUGCAGCAACUAGAGCCGCACGAUCAGCGGUGACAAGCAUGGUAGGGCCACGCUACUUCUCCACAACUACGCUACUCCGAACAAAUGAAACGGCAGCGUUUAAGCUUCUAGAUCACGUGAAUGGAGGCUCUUCUCACGUGCGUGGAGUUGCAGCAGGGUUUAUCCGGUUUCCGGUGAGGCACAUGAGCACGGCGGCGUUGAAUGACACAACAGAAGAAAAGGUAGCAGCGAAGGAGGAGAAGAAACCGGAAACUGGCUCAGCAGGUGACAGUGGUGGGGCCGAUGGGAAGGGGUUAGCUAGUUAUUGGGGAGUUCAACCUAAGAAAAUCAUCAAGGAAGAUGGUACUGAGUGGAAAUGGUCUUGUUUUAUGCCAUGGGAGACAUACUCGGCAGAUAUGUCGAUUGAUCUGAAUAAGCAUCAUGCACCCACAACAAUUUUGGACAAAAUAGCGUAUUGGACUGUUAAGUCUCUUCGUUGGCCUACUGAUGUUUUCUUCCAGAGAAGGUAUGGAUGUCGUGCAAUGAUGCUAGAGACAGUGGCAGCAGUGCCAGGCAUGGUUGGAGGGAUGCUUCUUCACUGUAAAUCCCUCCGUAAGUUCGAGCAAAGUGGUGGGUGGAUCAAGGCUCUCUUAGAGGAGGCUGAGAAUGAGCGAAUGCACCUAAUGACAUUCAUGGAGGUAGUGAACCCACGGUGGUAUGAGCGCGCCCUGGUGUUUGCUGUCCAGGGAGUCUUCUUCAACGCGUACUUUGUUGCCUACAUUGUCUCUCCUAAGCUUGCUCAUCGUAUAGUAGGGUACCUCGAGGAAGAGGCUAUCCACUCUUACACUGAGUUCCUUAAGGAGAUUGACAAUGGCAACAUCAAGAACGUUCCUGCUCCUGCCAUUGCUAUUGACUAUUGGAGGUUGUCCCCUGACUCUACUCUUAGGGAUGUUGUCAUGGUUGUUCGGGCAGAUGAGGCUCACCAUCGCGAUGUUAAUCACUUUGCAUCAGACAUUCACUAUCAAGGUCGCGAGCUGAAGGAAGCUCCUGCACCUGUUGGUUAUCACUAAAAAGUAAAAAUGGAGGAUCUGUCAAUCUACCUUGAGCGAAUAAGAACUGAAAUUCCAGAUUAAUAUACUAGUAUUGAAAUGUUCUGUUGAGUACCAAGUUGAGCUAGCAUAUUAUUACUAAUGUCAUGUAUAUACCUUGUACUUAUGGUCUAUGUUGGGAGAGUUUUGUUUUUGUGUCUUCUCUACAAAUGCAAACUAAUUACUAAUGGAAGGAUUAAUAUCUUACAUUUCUUAA